AUGCCUCGGUUGAAAGUGCAGGUCGGCCCCGACCGCUUCCACAUGGAAGACUGCCGUCUCAACGAUACCCAACGACCGCACGAGAUCGACACCGAGCACUUUGUCGGCCGCGUCCUCGUUCGCAUCCUCGAUGCUCCAGGUGCCAAGGAAGGCGAGCCCGGCCGCGAAUACUUCGAAGGCCGUUCGCGCAAGUUUUGCAUCCAGAUCGAAGGCCGCUUCAAGCAGCGAUGGAACGGCAACGACGUGCUCUUUGGCACUGAUUUCGACAGGUUCGUGGACUUCCCUCGCGCUCCCUUUAACGCCGGUAUGCGCGUGGCCAAGUACAUUGAUCCCUGCACAUUCUACGAGCUUCACCCGGAUUCAGGCAGACCGUACAUCAUGUCGCCCUACAUUGCGUGCAUGAAUACCUUUUGCGCCUGGCCCGCCCCUUCGCGUGCACACGACGCCGUAGUGGUGCUCCGACACACCCACCGCGCCAACACACCGGACAGCUCUCGUCCCUCGACGCCGCUCAUCGAUCCCGAAAAGUCCACCAAGAAUCCUCAGAACGCGCUCGUUGCCAGCCCGCAUGCGAGCGGCGACGAAGACGAAGGCGACAUUGUACCGCGCGAAGCGCUCGACCGUCGUCGUAGCCUCAACGACAAGGCGGGCAAUGCUACGGCAGCAAAGAAGAAGAAGGGCUGGUUCGGCGGGUUUGGAGGUGGUGGCAGCAGCCACGGCAAGGAGGAGCGCAUCCUGAAAAAGUAUUGGCGAUUUGUGGGUUUCAAGGACGAUCCGCGCGUCCGCGCUCUGCUUGAGGCGCACCAUGCCAAGCUGCAUGGCGGCAGACGCCCCUCUGAUGGUCAGACCGACUCGAACCCCGAUGGCUCCUUGUCCGCGACUCACGCUGUUGUCCGCCAGGGCAGUAUCGCCAGUGUCGGCUCUAAUGACGUACAGCACGGCCCCGCGGGGCAGACGCUCUCGGUCCUCGGAAUUGGCAAAAGAGCAGAGAUGGAUCGCACCCCGGACCGUGCGCUCACGCCCAACCACGGCUACGCGGGUGGUGAAGACAUGCCCGCGUCGCCGCAGGUUGGCAGCGGAAGCUUCAGUGACAUUGGCGCCAAUGAGAUUGCUGCCGCUCCGCCUGCCGACGUCGAUGAAGGACAGAGCAAAGCCGGACCCACGCUGGUGGCACCCAAACCUAAGCAUGGUGUGGCAACACCGCUCGACGAGAGCGAGGUUGCUUUUGCCGCUGCUGCGCCUGCGCCUGCUCCCUCUUCGACCCUCCCCGCCACUUCGUCAGCUAAGAGUGGUGCUGCGAAGCCAGAGAUGCCGCCACUGGAGCGCAUCGCUACCUCGGUCCGUCACGAGAUGGAAGAGUCGGCCAAAUCGGAUGGACUCAAGGACGGCGACUUCAAGCUGGCCGAUACAUUGGCGCACACGCACAUCAGCCGGAGCAGCAGCGCUCAGGGUAGCACCAACGGCUCCACCGCCGCUGCGGCCCCUUCCAAGCUUGACGAGCAGCUCGGACCAUGGCGCUUCGCGGACCCUGGCACAGACAUGAUCGAAGACAAUGCGUUCAUCUUCACGACUCAGUCGUUCCCCGUGCCGCGCCGUCGCAAGCACUUUGCUUCGGAGAAGAACCGUCUCGACUUCCACUACGAUCCGGACGUCGUCUAUGGCGCUUCGUUCUUCACGGAUGCGAUGGACUUCAACACGUUCAAUCUGGGCAUCGGUCCAGUCAAACUGAAUGUUGCACGGUGGUUCAAGGACAUGCCCGUGCGCUAUACGCUCCGAAGCACCAAGGAUGAGAACCUCACUUUUGCCACGACCAGCUUUCAGCUUGUAGACGAAUAA